AUGGCUCCCCCACGAGGACGAGGUGGCUUUCGUGCUAGAGGCCGUGGAGGAAGGCGCGGUACUACCAGAAGACCCAACUUUUCUUCUUCGCGGUUGCACGAUGCUGAAUCGGAGGAAUCCUCCGGCGAUGAUGCGCCCGGUAGCCCUCUCGAUGAGACCAUGGGAGAUGAGACUCUGAUGGACGAGGGGUCUUCAAGUAGCGACGAGGAGGAGGAGAACAAUGGCCGUCCCUACAAUGAAUUGCUCGAGCUUCUCCACGCCAACUCCGACUCGACAGGCCCCGCUCGCAAGAGGAGAAAGGUUGCCAAUGGCGCCAAGGAGGACGUUCCGACCAUUCCAGUUGAGGAAGAUUCAGAUCAAGGCGAAGAUGCCUUGCAGGAACAGGCCCCGUCGGACGACGAGGAGGAGGCUCAGGAAGAGGAUGAUGACGAUGUCAUCGGUCCUUUCGAGAGGCACUUCAACCUUCCAGAGAGCUCAGACCUUACCAAGAGAAUCGAGUCGAUUACGUCCAACAAAUGGAUCUCGUCCAAGAAGGAGGUGGAAGGUCUUCGGGUGGUGCAUAGCAUCCCCGACGUGGGAGAAAAGGCAUCUUUCCUGCCGGCUAUGAAGAGCACGGCGAAUCUCAAGCUCAAAAACAAGUUGAAGCCCCGUGUCGCAGAGCUCCUCCCCAAAAUUACCGGCCCAGCCCAGCAAAUCGCACCCUACGUGUUCGACUAUCAAGAUGUUCUUUUCGGCAAUAGAACAGCCUCAUCUGCAGAUGAUAUGAGGGAGAUCAUGGCUGUCCACGCCGUUAACCAUCUUAUCAAGACCCGAGACCAGGUGCUUAAGAACAACGCACGCCUGGCUAAAGACCCCGACACCGACAUCGAAUGCCGUGACCAGGGUUUCACCCGCCCCAAGAUCCUGUACAUUCUGCCAACUCGGCAAGCAUGUGUGCGGGUGGUCGAUGCGAUCUCGCGGAUCUACCAGGCCGAGCAACAGGAGAACAAGAAGCGCUUCACAGAUACCUUUUCUGCCCGCGAAGACGCAUCGUUUGAGAAUAAGACCGAGGACUUCCGUGAACUGUUUGGUGGCAACGACGAUGAUAUGUUCCGACUAGGACUGAAGUUUACUCGCAAGACGGUCAAGUACUUUGCGCAAUUCUACAACUCGGACAUUAUCUUCGCCAGUCCUCUUGGCCUGCGCACAAUCAUGGAUCAGGCUGAUGCCAAAAAGCGCGAUCAUGACUUUUUGUCAUCCAUCGAAGUCGUGGUCGUGGACCAUGCCGAUGCCCUUCUCAUGCAGAAUUGGGACCACAUGACAUACAUCUUCCAGCACUUCAACCUGCAACCCAAAGAAGCUCACGGCUGCGACUUCAGCCGUGUCCGCAACUGGUACCUAGACAACCAAGCGCGCCACGUCCGACAAACCGUCGUGCUAGCAUCCUACAUCACCCCCGAGAUCAACUCCCUCUUCUCCACACACAUGCAAAACACCGCCGGCCGCGUCAAAAUCACACCAACCUACGCCGGCGCCAUCACCGAGCUCCCCCUCCCCGUCUCGGUGAAACAGACCUUCUCCCGAAUCGACAGCCUCUCCCCAGCGAAGGACCCAGACGCUAGAUUCAAGCACUUCACCACAACCAUCCUAUCCAGCCUUGUGAAAAGCAUCACUGGACGAAACAAAAACAGCGCAGGCACUUUGGUCUUCGUCCCCUCGUAUCUUGACUUUGUCCGCGUGCGCAACCACUUCGCCACCUCCGCUCAAACUACCAACGUCUCCUUCGGCGCCAUCUCCGAGUAUACCGAGCCCCGCGAUAUCUCUCGCGCCCGCUCCCACUUCAUGAGCGGUCGUCACUCCGUGUUGCUGUACACCGAGCGCGCGCACCAUUUCCGCCGGUAUCAGCUGCGGGGUGUGAAGCGCGUGAUUAUGUACGGUCUGCCAGAGAACCCGACCUUUUACCAAGAAAUCGUCGGUUUUCUGGGUUUGGAUCCGGCGGCUAUAGUUGAGGCGGCGGAGGGUGGAGUCCGCGCAUUGUUCUCCAAGUGGGACGCGCUGAAGCUGGAACGUGUGGUUGGUACCUCGCGCGUGGGGAAUAUGAUGCGUGAGAAGGGUGGUGAUACUUUCACUUUUGUAUAG